CGCUGCUAGCUUCCCGCUAGCUUCACACAAGAGGAAACAGCCGAAAGUAAACUUCCUGGAAACAAACCACCGGUUCGGAUCGAUUAUUAUCGGUUAUCAGUUCGCCAGCAAACGUCGUUUAGCUGCCCGGUGUCUCUCAGCGCGCGACUACCGGGAACGACCCGGUGACGGUACUUCAAAACAUCCGCCACGGACAGAAACACCGUUAGCUUUAGCUGCCGUUAGCUUGACCUAGCACAGUUGGUUCCGUUGGACCCGGACCGGACAGGGUCAGCACCGUUUCCACCAUGGGAGCCCACCGCAGUGAGGGAGGCCGGGACUGGCUGCAGCAGGACGGGCCGGACCAGAACCCGCCGUGGAACCUGAUGAUCAAACACCGACAGAUUCACAGACGGGGACGGCGCUCUCACAUGGCGGUCAGCUACACGGAUCCUCAGGUGUCCAUGGACCUGUUGAGGGCGGUGCUUCAGCCCAGCUUCAACGAUGACAUCAUGGCCGUGUUCAGGAAGUACCAGAAGUUCUUUGAGAAAGCAGCAGAGAACGUGAAGGAGAACGUUGGAGACGAUGUUCAGACCGAUCAGCUGAUCAGAGAAGCCUGCAGGAACGUUCUGGAACAUGCCAAACAGCUGUUUCCAGAGGGGGAGGUGAAGAAGGCGGGUUCAGAGGUUGCCAUCAAGAGGUCCAGAGCUGCUGAUGAAGACUACAGUCAGAGAGGAAGCCCCGUCCUCAAGAAGAGGAGGACUCGUCCAGGUGCGGCGGCGGUCUCUGAUCGACCUCACACCGUAUCCAGUCAAGUGAAGCUCAAGUCUGAUCCCAUCAAGAGAGAAGGACCAAAGUGGGACCCGACCAGACUGAACGACAGCAGCACCUUCGUCCUCGGCUCCAGAGCCAACAAGGCGCUGGGGAUGGGCGGGACCAGAGGACGCAUCUAUAUCAAACAUGCUGAUCUGUUUAAGUACGCAGCAGAUGCGAAGGAUAAGCAGUGGUUGGCAGAGAGACACCACAUGAGAGCGACGGGAGGGAAGAUGGCCUACCUGCUGAUCGAGGAGGACAUCCAGGAUUUGUCUCGCAGUGAUGAAUACAAGGACUGUCCGGACGUCAGGAUGGACGAGUUGAAGCCGUUCUCGGUUCCUCUGUGGAUGGUGGAGAAGAUGCAGCGAGCCAUGGAGGCUCAGAGAGACGCUGACCUCUGACCCCACACACUCUGAUCACAUGACCUCUGACCCUGCACAUUCUGACCCCCGUAGUUACAACUCGUCAGAUGAAGAAACAACAAGCCAAUCAAAGAGCAGGAUUGAUCGGCUGCUUCAAUUGAUUGUGUUUUUACUUCCAUUUUUAAAAAAAUUAAAUAAAAACCUUCUGAAACCUGAA